AUGGCCGCAAAAUCUACGAAUUCAGGCAAAGAAAAGCUCAUUGACGAGGACGAGGAAGUUCUUCAGGCCGUCAUUCUAGCCGACAGUUUCAACAAGCGAUUCAGACCUCUUACGACACGGAAGCCUCGAUGCUUGCUCCCGAUCUGCAACGCGCCUCUACUCGAUUGGACGUUUGAAAGUCUAGCACUUGCGGGUGUUCAGGAGGUGUUUGUGAUAUGCCGAUCUCAUGCAGAGCUCGUAAAAAACGCGAUCAAGGAGUCAAAAUGGUCUAAACCGGGCUCAGGGAUGAAGAUCGUCCCGAUUAUGACUGCGAAGGAGACGUUCUCGCCGGGCGAUGCGAUGCGGGACAUUUACACGCGCGGGCUGGUCACGUCGGAUUUUGUGCUCGUCAUGGGCGACUUGGUGAGCAAUAUCCGGAUCGACGAGGUCGUGCGCGUGCACAAGGAGCGCAGGAAGACGAACAAGGACGCGAUCAUGACGAUGGUCGUGAAAGAGAGCGGCGUGAAUCAUCGGACGAGAGCAAAGGGAGAAUCAUCGGUGUUUGUUCUGGACCCUAAUACGUCAGAGUGCUUGCACUAUGAACAUCUGCAAGGGUAUCCUGCAAAGAAGGGCAUCAGUAUUCCACGCGAGAUCUUUGCAGAACAUCCAGAACUUGACAUCCGAAACGAUCUGAUUGACUGCUCUAUCGAUGUCUGUUCCGUCGAGGUCCCCUCUCUAUUCCAGGACAACUUUGAUUACCUGGAUAUCCGUCGAGACUUUGUGCAUGGCAUCCUGACGUCUGACAUCCUCAUGAAAAAUAUAUACUGCUACGUUGCUGAGGAAGGCUACGCGGCUCGUGUGCAGGACACACGCAGCUAUGCAUCCAUCAGCAAAGACAUUUUGUCAAGAUGGACGUUCCCACUGGUACCAGAUGACAACCAUCCAGGUGGACAUAUCUACGAACACACGCGUGGCAAUCGUUACAUCGCAAAGGAUAACACCGUAGUCCUUGCACGAACAUGCAACAUUGGCACCAACACGCUUAUCGGCUCGUCAACUACUGUUUCUGAUAACGCGUCCGUUAUAGCCUCCGUUAUAGGGCAGAACUGCUCCAUUGGAGCCGGUUCUACGAUACGCAACUCGUACAUCUUUGAGAACGCGGUGAUUGGUGAGAACUGCCAUGUCGAGCAGAGUAUUAUAGGCGCUGGCGUGCAGAUCAAGGAUGGCUCACGCGUCCCAAAGGGAUGUCUGAUCGCCGAUGGGGUCAUCGUUGGCCCGAAUGCAACCCUGCAACCCUUUGAAAGGCUGUCGACAAAGAGAGACGAGAAUGACAGCAAUGCGGACGACGACAGCGACGACUCUGACGUGGAAGAAGUUGAAGCUAGUCAAGAUUCAAUAGACAAAUCGGCACUGGGAAAAGAUUCGAACGCCGUUGUCUGGCCUAGAGCACCACCUGAUGAAGAGGAUGAGGUGGAAGGACCAGAAAACUAUGAGAACCAGCGGUUCAUGAGACUCGGCGAUACAGCAUCCGAUGUAGAGGUAGAGGUCUCUGAUGAUGGCUCGUCGUCGGACGACGAGGAAAGUUCGUCGUCUGAUGAUGACGACGGGGACUUCCAUGAGCGUUCGUCCGUGUCGGGCAUGUCUGAUGCGUCGGGCGUGGAGAUGCCUGCCAUGGGCCUGGGCGACGCGGCUGGGCUGAUGGCGGACGCCGAGUUCCGCACGGAGGUAAACCAGAGCUUGGAGCGCGCGUUCGCGGAGGGCCACUCGGUCGACAACGCGGCGGUCGAACUCAAGACGCUGCGCAUGGCGAGCAAUGUGCCGCUGAGCCGUGUCAAAGAGGCCGUCGUCGCGGCGAUCGUGGAGAAGAUUCCGGUGGUGGAUGGAGAUCCUGCCGCGCAGCGCAGGGAGAUCGCGAGUGUUGUUGGCCGAUGGGGAGACUUGAUUAACAGGAUUGGAGGUGUUGAUCCCGUUGAGACUGUUAGCAUCCUUCAGGCUCAUUGCGCGACGUCGACACGGAUGUCGCUCUUUGGACAAAUUCUCGCGGCGCUGUACCAGGAAGACAUUGUGGAAGAAGACCACAUUCGCGCAUGGCAUCGUCUCGCAGCAUCAAAGGGAACCGACCUCAAAGAUGGAGCAGAAAGCGAAAAUUUCCAAAAAUGCUGGAUGAUUGGAUCACAUAUGAUUCAACAGUUUGACGCGCAGGAAAGCGAAUCAGAAGAUGAAACAGAAUCAGAAGACGACAAUGCGGACAAUGGAAGGACGCCAGCUACUCCCAAGGCCUCAUCUGUGAUCCCAGCUGCUCUUGCUGCGAGGGGUGCGACAGCAUCAGAGGAUAGCACAGAGAGCGGAGAUGAGUCGACGAGUACGGAAGGAGUGGACGGCGGAGAAAGCGAGUCUGCGAGCGAGGAUGUGAGUGCGAGCGAAAAUUCAAGUAGGCCGGUCAGUGCGACUACAAGCGAGGACGAGACAACGGAAAGCGAGAGCGAAGACGAUGUGGUACUCGUACAUUGA